AUGGCUGGCACGGGGCCGUGCAGUGGCCGUGGAUUGGAAAGUGGUCCUCAAUUCUGCUUGCCAUCUUUGGAGGUCUCUGAUAGUAGCUGCCAGCGCUUGGUUGAGGCAUCACCUUUGCAGGGCCUCAGCCCUGAAACGCCCGGGGUCUCCAGCCGCACAUGGCAGGAACUCGCUGCAGUGGCAACACAGCUGCCAGAUGUCCGAUGGCUCGGGCGACAGGUUUUCAUGUGGUGCGGCACUCCACAGGAGGACUUGUGGAAUGACUUUGCGGCCUUGCAUCAAAACAAGAUCACGGAUUUAGAAAGGCUUGACCAUCGCAACUACUUUGGUGAGAAAGCCUUGCGAUUCGGUGGUGUUGACAUUGUUUUGCGUACCCUUGCCCUGUUUCGAGCUGAUGAGCGUGUUGGCUAUCAUGGUGUCGUCUCUUUGUUCACAGAGCCUUUGCAAGGAAGAGCACGCUCGAUACUGCAUUAUGCUGCUCGCACCGAGUUUUUCUUGCACCGGCAGAACUUUGCCAAGCACAUUGCUCCGAGACUUGAAGGCUGUUCGAGCAAAGAACCUGAUUGCCUUUCUCCUCAGCGGAUUGCCAAUACCAUGCUGGUUUUGGUAGCACCCCCGCAGACACCUCGAAAGCUUCUGGCUUUUCGCUUGGUCAUGAACCGAUUCGGAGCUUUUCUUGCUGCAUCUAUGGACGACAUGGCAUGCAGUAUAUGCAGCACGUCCACAGGUUGGGAAGAAGUCUUUUGCAACGCAGACAUUCGUGGCGCCGCCCGUGUUCUUUGGCACUUGUGCGAGGACAAUGGCCCAGCGUUUCCUCCAAGAGGUCGAGGGUCCAGGUGUCACGCAGAGAUGCUUUUGGAGGCGCAGAACCUGCAGCUUGUACGUCCAUUGGAUGCCUUUGAGCUGGAGCUAGAAGGGUCUACCGCGCAGGACCCGCUAGUGGGCGAAAGUUAUUCCUUCCGCAAGCUUGUGCAGCGCUGCAUAGCCCGCCGUGCCUUUGAAAACGCUGGCCUAAAGCUUCUGUGUGAGGCUGUUGGCCUUGCCUUUCAUCCUUUGCCAGAAGGGCCAGAAGAGGAUGCUCUCAGAAUAGCAACAGAGCAGGAGAAUCAAGCGGUUUUCGCGUUAAGCUCCGGUCACCUGACGGCACAAGAUCUCAGCGUGAUGGCGCAAACAUUUUGGCCUGAACUGACUCAAGAUGAGCUCCGAGAUUUGUUUCAAAGUGUGUGCCGCAACAGGUCAGGAUAUAUAGAAAUGGCCGAGUUUUGCGCAGCGUUGGGGUUCGACGAGCGCAGCACAUAUUUUGGCGCAGAGGCAUUAAGGCGUGGUGAAUUCAACCGAGUUGUAUUGCAGUGA